GAGUCUUCACUAAGUCUCACUAAUUCUUCACUAAUUCUUCACUAAUUCUCCACUAACUCACCACUGACUCUUCUCCCCUACUGGCAAUGGCACUGGACAACCGUGACGUCCAACUACUCUUAACGGAGGACUUGUCUCCCCACAAAUUUGCCUUACUAUUCCUUAUUCAACUAUACUGUCACCACCAAAUUCCUCAAUCUAAAGUCACGGCUGUACUAACAGUGUUAAUUAAUUUAAUUGAUAAUAAACCUACUGAAGAUGAUGAAGAAAUUACUAUACUACCAUCACUACAGGAUGUAGUGGAUGCAUUAGGUCAUGUAGGGAAGUCUAACUCUACUGAGAAAGACAAAGAGGAUGAAGAUAUCUUACGACUUCAGAUGCUGAUCUUGAAAUCAUUAUGGGAUAUAACUUCUGUCAAACAAGUGGAUAAUGAUCUUUUAUCAUUUAAUGAUAUACUAGAACCGGCUAGUACGAUUUAUACGCCGAAAGAAGCAACCGAAACUGACAAAAUUAAGAAAAUAUCGUCUCGAUCAUUAUUGGGAUCAUUCAUCUAUAAAGUUACCAGUGCAUUCCAUUUACUUAAGUUUGAUGAGAUCUUUUUACUUUAUGAAGCUUUGGUAGAGUAUCGGGAACCAUCUCGACAAUUCUAUCUUGAUCAUGGUGGGAUUAUAUUAGAGACUCCCAUUAGUGAUAGUAUUGAUGGUGAUAGUGAUACUAAUAAUACUAAUACAGAUUCUCAAUUGUAUGAUACAUUAAAUCAACAAUUGGCGGAAAUUAUGGAUACUGAAGUUCCAAAUACUUGUACAGCCAGUAGUAAAUAUUUCGCUAUACCAAAACAUGAUUUACAAGUAUUAUUAGAACGUCAAAUUCAUUUAUUAGAAACUUAUGGAACUCCUACACCUAAAAUGUUAAAGGAUAUAAUGAUUUUAAUGACUUCACCAGAUUCCAAUACAACUCUGAUUCAAAAUGCGAAUUUUAAUAAUUCAGCAUCUUAUUAUUAUAUUCGAUAUCUUGAACAUUUACAUGCCUGUAAUUAUAAUGGAGCCUUUGAAUCAUUACAUCAAUAUUUUGAUUAUAUGGUAUCAAGUAAUUCUAAAUAUUUUUAUCAUUUUGCUUUAAUUUCAAAGGCUUCAUUACAUGAAUUCUUUGGAGAAGAUGAAAAGGCAAUUGAUUCAAUUGAAGAAGCCAUCUCUGUAGCUCGAGAACAUAAAGAUAAUUCCGCAUUAACUUAUAUAUUAUCAUGGUUAUUUAAUUUUAUGAAGAAUAAACCAGAUUUAUGGCAUAAACAAAGUUUCUUUAAUAAUAAUGAUGAAACUCAAUUACUUAAUUUUUUAAUUGAAAAAUCAAAACUGGUAUCAUUAUCAUUAUAUUCAAUGAGUUAUAAUUUUGAAACUUUACAAAGAAUGAAUAGUGGAAGUACCAUGAAUAAUUAUUUGGAGAGUAUAAUUAAAUCACUUUAUAUAUCAAUUCAUGAUAAAGUUUCAACAUUUACUCGAUCAAGUGAAACCAUGGCAAUGGUAUGGAGUAGAAUUGGUAAUAUUCAAUUAAGUAAUAUAUAUACCGAAAUUGCUAUUGAAUCAACUAAUGAUAAAAGAACUAAAAUCCCCAUAUUAAUUAGAUUAAAUUUUUUAAAAUUUUAUAAGGGAGAAACAGAAAUUGGAUUUAAAAAUUUAUGUAAAUUAAAACAAGAUAUAAAUUCUAAACAAGAUUAUUCAUUAUAUAAAAGUGUUCAUAUUCGAUGGAUAAUUUUAUUAAUUCAAUUAAAUUUAUUAAAGGGUAGAUUUAGAAUUAGUAAAGAAUUAGUAGAAAUUCUUGGAGAUAGUGAAAUUAAAGAUGUUGAAUUAAAGCAUGAACUUUAUUUACUCAGGAUUGAAGUUGAAAUAAAUUUAGGAAAUUAUGCUACUGCUUUACAAUUAAUUUGUGAUAAAUUAGAUUCAGAAUUAGUUAGUCUGAAUAUUUAUCUAAGUAUAAAAUUAAAUCUUAUCAAGUGUAAAGUAUUUAAUUAUAGUGAGAAUUAUUCUCAAAGUAUUAUUUUAUUAAUUCAACAAAUUCAAUUAAGUAAAAAGAUUGGGUUUAUAACUCUUAUGGCCGAAGGCUUUGAAUUAUUUAUUUCAACUUUAAAUCAUUUAGGUUAUUAUGAAGAUUCUUAUGAAUUACUUCAUCAAGUGAUGCCAAUGAUUAUAUCUAUAGGUAAUAAACUUCUAGUAUCUCAAUGUUAUUUUGAAUUAGCUAAAGUUUAUUAUCAUAAAAAUUUAAUUAGUAAAGUAUUACAAUUCUUAAAUUUGUCUAUCUUAGGCUUUAAGGAUUGUUGUCAUCUAAUUAAACUUAAACAAGCGUUUGAAUUCGAACUUCAAGUAGCUCAAGCUCAGGGCGAUGAGCAAUUAUUGCACCAUGCAACUGAGUCAUUAGCUAAGUUACAAGCCAGAUCAGUUCAGGAAAAUGAUUAUGGAUAUGUGUGAAGAAUUUAUAGUAAGUACAUAGGGAUUUAUAUAAGUAUAUAUCAAGAUAAU